AUGGCAGACAACAACUUUCAGGCUAGAAAUAAUGUCCAGGAUGAUGAGGAUGGUGGCGCUAUCAGUGAGGCACCAGCUGCUUUGAUCAGUGUGGCUCUUGCCAGGAAACUGUUGAGAUACAGCAAGAAUGCAACCGACUUGCCCGUCACACUAAAUCUCGACUUUAGCCAGUGCAGUUCCAAGGAGGCACUAGAGUUUGUUGGCGAGGCUCUCCGGUGCAACACGUUGAUUGAAAAUCUUACGAUUGAGCUCUGCGAUGAGGAGGAACAAUCCAUGUCCGCCGAAACCUUGCAGGAUCUCUGCUAUUUCAUCUCCCACAACCCGUCGCUGCGAUUGCUCAUGAUCGGAGGGGGGUCCGAUCUAGCCAACUCGAAGGAAAUCAGUCAAACGCUACUGGAGGCAGCCAAGCAGAACAAUUCUAUAGAGAGAAUUCAGAUUGGAUCCCCCAGUGAUGCUACCAUGGAUUCCAUGCCUGAAAAUUACGAUUGCUUGUCGUCUUGUCGGGAACUUGAGCUCCGUGGAUUGACGGAACAAUUGGCACAAUCUACUUGGCCCGAAAACCAUUCCAUUGAAACUCUCCGAUUGUUUUGUCAGGAGUCACAAUCCAAAAAGGAGUUUGAAUCAAAUCUAUCCACAAUCCUGGAAAAGUUGGAACAAUCUCCCAGCGCGAGGAGAAUCCGACAUUUGGACUUGAGUGGAUGGAGCAAAAUGAUGUCAACGUUCUUGUCUUCCCCAAACUCGGCAGUCCAAAGACUCAAGCUCACGGAAGUAUCGUUCCAACAUUCCGACAUUGGCUGCUCGCCCAUGGAUGGCCUGCUGUGGGGACUGGUAGGACGUGGGGAUGCGGCAACAACCUCGCUCGACAUUCACGACUGUGGCUUUGACGCGUUGUCCAUCAAAAAGCUACUGAAUGCCCUCAAACACAAUCAUCUAGCAAUCAACCACUUGCGAAUUCAUGGAUUGGAUGCCUUUCGCGGGCAGGAUUUGCGAGACCUCUUGACACUUCCUUGCUUGGAAAGUCUCGGCUUGCUAUGCUGGGGUACUGACACGGAUGAUGUUGACAAGCACAUUGGCAGUGUGGAUGAAGGACUUCAAGAAUGCUCCUUAUCCUCUGUCACCAUCUCAACCGGAAUGUUGGCACGCUUGGAAAGGGGUCUGACAACCGCUUUGAGCCAAUUGUCCCUCACACGGUUGGAUCUCUUUCGGUGCGAUCUCUUCGAGGCGGACAUCGACUGUUUGGUCAGGCUUAUAAAAGACAAGAACUGUCACUUGCAACAUUUGUCGUUGACUUCAGUCAGUUGCAUGACAGAAGAGGGAUCCCUAGAAUCCAAAGUCUUUGAGUGCUUGCACUACGACGUAUGCCUAGCAAGUCUACAAUGGAUGUACUACGUUGACGAAACUCCGUACGCUUUGUUCGAAGCUGCAGGGAAUACCAACAUAGAGAAGUGGACACUUAAAACCUUCAAGAUAUUCACACCUGACGCGUCUGCUCCCGGAUUCCACGAUGCCAUUGACAGCAUAGCAUCUUCAAUGUCAGCGAACUGGGAAUUGGAAGAACUCGCAAUCGCAGGGGUAGCGUAUGAUUUUGAUGAUCCUUACCCGGAGCCAAUAGCUACUGUGGGUCAACUGGAGCAGAUCUCUGCUUACGAAAACAGAAACCGGAUGAAAAAGCUGAUAUUCUCGCCAGCGCUUCACAACAUGACGAAAGCAGAGUGUGUCGGGAUACUAGCAAGCCUGUGGGAGGGGAGGGGGCUGCCAGAUUGGCUUUCGUUGGCACUGUGGCUUAUCGAGGAGGUACCUCACCAUUUCUUUGAAUGA